AUGGCAAAAACAACCGACGUGUUCAAGAACGAAAUCUUCAAGGGCAAGGUCCUCCUUUGCUCCGGAGGUGGUAGUGGCAUUUGCCGCGCCAUGACUGAAGCCGUUGUUCGUCAUGGCGGUAAGGCUGUCAUUAUUAGCCGCAGCUUUGAUAAGCUCGAAAAGGCAGCCAAGGAAAUGAGCGAAGCAACUGGCGGUGAAGUCAUUCCUAUCCAGGCAGAUGUUCGUAAGCCUGCCGACGUAGAGAACGCUGUGUCAAAGACAGUGGAAAAGUUUGGCAAGAUCGAUUUCUUGAUCAAUGGUGCUGCCGGCAACUUCUUGGCUCCUUUCCAAAAACUCUCGUACAAUGCAUUCCGCACUGUUGUUGAAAUCGAUUUGCUGGGCUCGUUCAACCUUACCAAGGCUGCGUCAGAACAUCUCAAGGCUUCCAAGGGCUCUAUCAUUAAUGUCAGCAUGACACUUCAUUAUACCGGCUCUCCAUACCAACAGCAUGCUGGCGCUGCCAAGGCUGGCAUUGAUGCAUUGACGAAGCAUUGGGCCGUUGAGCUUGGUCCAUUUGGUGUUCGCGUAAACGGUAUCGCUCCAGGUCCAAUCGUAGAUACAGUGGGCUUGGACAAGUUGGCUCGUAGUGGCGCAUCUUACGAAACCAUCCCUCUUGGACGCGCUGGUAGCGUCACCGACAUUGCUCAGUCCACAGUGUUCCUCUUCUCAGAUGCUGCCGAAUGGAUUUCUGGCCACAUGCUUGUUGUUGAUGGUGCCCACUGGUUGACCCAUUACACUCCUGGUUACCCUGGCAUUGUCCUCAAUCCCCCAUCGAAACUGUAG